AACGAACAAGGUGACUUAAUGUGUAUGUUUUCAAGAGUUUUGGCAUCUGUUCUGGAACACAUAAGACGCCGUGCAUGAUGGUUCUACAGCAGUGGGGUGGGAGCAGCGGUCUCGACAACACUGGGGUGGCAGCAGCGGUCUCGACAACACUGGGGUGGGAGCAGCGGUCUCGACAACACCGAGGUGGGAGCAGCGGUCUCGACAACACUGGGGUGGGAGCAGCGGUCUCGACAACACCAAGGUGGGAGCAGCGGUCUCGACAACACCGAGGUGGGAGCAGCGGUCUCGACAACACUAGGGUGGGAGCAGCGGUCUCGACAACACUGGGGUGGGAGCAGCGGUCUCGACAGCCCCCAUAGCAUCAUACAUUAUCGUGGCUUUAUUAAAGUCUCAAGUCCAGUGAAGUUUCCGGAUAUUAAGGCGGAGAAAAAUGGGAGUGUCUGCCGGGACGCCGAGACGUGAAAUUGAGGGUGUUGUGGUCACGCUGGUCCUCCUGUCGUGGGGUACAAUAAUGGCAGAGACUCAGUUUGUGCCCGGCUUCCUGGUAGAGUCGGGCACAGACCUACAGGAGUGGCCUAAAGACCUCGCUAAGAUAUUCCCCAACCAGACGUCGCCCGAGGAACACAACGACUAUUACGCCAACGCAGUGUCUCAGCUGUUCCAGGCGGGCACUGUAGCAGCCCCUCUGCCGGAGAACAACCCCGUGGAAGAGGUGCUGGGGGGUCAGGUGCUGCCCAACGACCAGGGCUCCCCAGAGUACCCCAGUCAGCAGGUCCUUCCCAACGGCACUGCUCUCUCACGCCCGGAGGUCCCUUUCCCCGCCACUUUAGGUGCAGUAGGGGGCACUGGUGGAGGGGCCGCCGAGUGUGGUUUUGUGGCAUUCUCUGUGUCCCGAGCCAACUAUAAGCACAGGAAAGCCGGCACCCAAGGCGUCCAAGUCCUCUUUGAUAAGGUUCUGACGAGUGUUGGCCCGGGGUUCAACCAUACUGGCGGCUACUUCAAGUGUGUCUGUCCUGGGUAUUACCACUUCUCAGUCUACGGUGUUUCUCCACUCCAAGGUCGAGCCAGGCUGGACCUGAUGAGGAAUCGUCAGCGUGUGGCAUCUUCUGAGGCUCAGUACUACGGCUUCGGGACAGCCGCCAAUAGCGUCAUUAUUUACAUCUACAAGAACGACGUUGUCUACGUAUAUCUGGCUGAAGGAUUCAUCUACGAGAACGACGCGCGGUUCAGGGGAUACGCAUCCUUUACUGGCUUCAAAAUUGGCUGAGGAAACUAAUGUCCUUUUCUAGAGAUAUUGAAGCGGGGAAAUUAAGUUGAUAAGAAUCUCCCAAAUCUCUGGUCGUGAAGGUUUAAGACAGCUCGAGUACGACAUUUUCUUGGUGUUAGACAAUGAUAUCCAAGAGAGUUUUUCAAGGUAUGUAUAUCGUAUGGAAUUUUUGGAGACAAGUAGAUAGCCUCCAAGAUCGUAUUAAUGGCUCUCCUGGUCGACUAUCUUUUACAAGCAUUACGAAGGGCAUAUAUACGGUCCUUCCUAGUUUUUCAUCUUAGCUACAAUAAAACUGAGAAAUUC